AUGUCUACUGCACUUCAACAUAUUAACGGUUGUGGAAUUAACACCACCAACAGUACAUAUAAUAAUCAUCAAAAACAAAAACUACCUCAAAAAUCUUCAUAUUUAUCUACUUCAUUAUUAGCAACAAAAUUUGGUACAACAGGGAUUGGGACAGGUCCAACAACUCCACCAAAAACAACUACUGCAACUGCAAGUGCAACUGCAACUGUAUCAAGCGCCAAAGCUCAAACAACAGUAAAAUCUCCAACUUGGCGAGAAAUUAAACAAAUGCCUGGAAUGAUAUUCUCAUUUCCCAUCAUUUUUCCACGAUCUACAUUUGCUACUAUUGGUGAUGAUUCCAUCAAGGAUGACAAAAGUGUCAACAAUCACAGUUCAGCUUCUUCUACUAGUGGCACUUCUACUCCUUCUGCCGAUAAUAAUACGACUACUGAUGUUAUCCAAUCAACUUCAAUAUCUACUGAUGCUACAGCUACUACAAAUGCUCAAUUAACAACUGUUACAGCCGCCACAAGCGCUCGAUCCAGAAAAGGCCGUAGACCUUCUACUUCCAAAUCUACUACUUCUACAUCAUCAGCUACAACAAAACCAUCUAUUGCAAACCCAGUCAUCAACCUUGAUUACAAUCCAUACUACGUUGAAGGACCAUCAGCCACUAUCAUACACCGACCAUUAUUGUUACCUGAUAUUGUCAGAUCUUAUGCUCAGGAAAAACGUAAUCAAAUGAGAUCAAGGCCUAUUACAAGAGCAAAGAACAAACAAGAAAAUCACAUACUUGACAUUCAUCGGGAACGUGACAUUUUAUCGUCAACUCGUCGAGAUAGAAGAUCGCCUAGAGUUGUAUCGUCAAACCCUAACAGUCAUCGUUCUCGUACCAACUACAACAACUCCUCUAACAAUAAUAAUUCGGCUAUAGCUAAUCAUAAUAUUAUCAAUGGCAGAAGAUCUCGUCGUGGAAGAGAGUCGUCCAACAGGGGAUCGAAAACCAAAUGUGUUUGCCCCAACACUGGAUGUCGUUAUAUUCCGCUCAAGUCGGAAUAUAAUGCAAUGUUUAAAAAGAGGGUAGCUGUAGCUGGUUCUGGGGCUAGUAAUACACCUGGAUCAUCGAAUAAUGAUUCAGAUGAUAUUAGAAGAUGUUGUAAAUGCCAGACGGCAGAUAAAAAAAAACCAUUGAUUUUAUUGCUGGUGCCUGGGGUAAUGUUACUCAAACAAACCAUUCGGAAUUGUUGGAUCAAAGCAAGAUUUCUUCCAAAUAGUGAUGAUAUCAUUAUAGUGGAUGUAAAUAUCCAAGAUCUAGAAUAUUAUGAUAGUGCUAAUUCCAUAAAUGCAUUGUUAGAUGCUAAUGAUGUGAAUGAAUAUUUUGAUAUUUUUGAUCAAGAUAAUGAUAAUGAUUCAUCAUCAGAUGAGGAAAUACCUUUGAUACCAGUAAAAAAUGCAAUUAAUGGUUUAGAAUCAUUUAUUGACAACAGAAAAAUAGCAUUAUCGGAAGUUGCUACUUCAACUCAAAUGAAUAGAAAACGUUGUAAUAUUAAAUCUUGGGACAGAAAUUGA